AUGAGGUCUUUGCCACUUUACCUUUCCCUCUUUGUCCCAGCUCUAGCCGGCAUCAACUGGGACAUCUACGAGCAUGGCGUAGUUCCUUCAUUCAAAUGGUCCCGCCCCUUUCCCGACGAUGGCACCGAUCCAGGAGGGUUCGAGGUACAUUGCAAGGCCAAAAAGACUUUCCGCGCCAAGAUGUACAAGCUUUCCGAUUUACCUGAAGACCCUCCCACAGGGCUGUCCCCAUGGCGCCACGCAAUCGAGGACUUUAUGGAUCACACAAAAGAGUUCAUGGGAAGCUGGGAUGGUGUCGAUCACAAAGGAGAAAACCGGGAGAUUGUGGUGAUGGAAUACAAAGAUGUCCCACUUGAAGUUCGGGAGUGGAUCGAGCAGCAGCAGAGGGACAAAGAGACUGAGAAACCCAACAAGAAGAAGUGGUGGUUUGGCGUGUUCGAGAAGCCGCAAGAGCAUGGACAGAGGAUCAUUGGCACAGUAAACCCCACUCCUACACCUGUUCCACAAGGUGGCCAUGCCCCUGAUGUGAAAGACAUCAAAUUGGAGGAUAAGAUUUUGGUCUUUCCAGGGGGUGCAAUCUAUGAAAUUUUACCACUAUGGGUGGCAGGGGGGAGUGGGGCUUGCGAGCUCAACAAUCUACCCAAAUAUAAGCACCAGGCCAUAGACCACUGCGUCAUUGCUUGGGUAACUGACCACACCAAACCUCAUCGUGAGAAUGGCAAGCGGGAUAUGGAGUUUACCAUUGAAGCCAUGGCGGUGACUGAGAGCGAAGACGGAAAACGCUCGCGUCUAAUGUGGGAGAGAUUACACCGAACUAUCAAGAGGAAUGACAGAAAGCAGCAAAGAGAGGAGAGACAAAAGAAGAAGAAAGAGCUUGAAGAAGGGAUUGUGAGAGAUGAAUUGUAA